AUGAGCGGAAAGGCUGUUGAUGAACAGACUUUGGGCAUGUGUUUGCCUGCAUCCACACACUGUCUCAACCUCACCCUGCACCAUAGCAAUAUCCACCAACUGCCAAGAUUUGCCGAGCUCGUGGCAGCUUUGGUGAGCUACUGGGUGCACACGGACGAGCAGGAGCCACCGCAGAUCGAGCAUGCAGCCAUGCACGCCCACCUGGAGCUUCUGAGUGAGGCAAAGAAGCACCGGACGUGGAGGAUCAUCUUCACCGGCCAUUCCUUAGGAGGAAUGUAUGCUGCAGUGCUCCUUUUCAAACGUUCUCGCAGAAGAUGGGAUCGACGGAUGUUGGACUUUGCACAGAAGCGAGCGAUAAACUACAUCAACGCGAACGACCCCUGCUCGCGUGCCUGGGGUGCCAUCAAUCUAAGAAGCUUUGUGGACUUAGCGGCCCAGGGUGUAGAGAACGGACUGGUCGGUGGGCUUCGUAGCAUCGACGGGUUGGUUGCCUCACAGGCCGUGACGGCAGCAGCACGACAAUUGCUAAGCCGCCCAGACUUCCACUUCUCGGAAGAUUUCGCGAAGAGAUAUCAGCAUUUCGCGGAGCUGAGGGUUCUGAGCCCACAGAGCCAGUUCUCUCACUGGAGAGUCUUCUGGCACACCCCAGGCAGCCUCCGUGACCACUCCAUGCUUGCUUACAUGUCUCGGCUCUUUGAUGCCUUCGGUGCAGGAAGCCCAGGCAGCCCAGAAUGCUAUGUUCACAGUCAGACUGCCCGAGUCAGGCGGUCUAGCAAGGUCUCCGUGCGUGCGGGUGGUGCCUAG